AUGUCGCAAAUGAUCACGUUGGAACAGGCGACGUGGGCCUGGAUCGAGGCAGGUCCACGAAAACACCACAUGGCCGUGGGCAAGCGUUUCGUCAAGGGUAUUAUGGCAGGUUUCUUGCUCUCAACCGGUGGAAUGCUUGUCCAAAUCAUGUCAGCCAACCCAUGGUUCGCCACCAAUGCUCCUGGUCUUCUCAAAAUCAUGCAAGGUGCUGUGUUUCCCGUCGGUCUGUGCAUGAUCGUCCUCCUGCAAGCCGACCUCGUCACUGGUGAAAUGGCUGUCUUCAUCAUGGCCACCGUCAAGCGAAAGGUUCCUUACUGGGGGUUCCUCUAUGGAUGGACGAUUACGUUCAUCGGUAACCUCAUCGGUGCGCUCCUGUACGCUGCCUUUCUGGUUCACUUUUCCGAGAUCUACACUCCCGCUAUGGGUAAAGGUGCCGCCGCCGGUGCAGACGCCAAGGUUUCCGCUAUCAACUUCCGCGAACUCUGGCUCCGAGCGAUCGGGUGUAACGUGCUCGUCUGCGUCUCUGUCUUUCAAGCCUCGCUUGCCAAGGAUGUCGUUUCCAAAGUCGUUGCCAGUUGGUUCCCCAUCUUCGUCUUUGUUGCAGCUGGCUUCGAACAUGUAGUGGCAAAUAUGUUUUUGAUCAAUGCUGCGCUCAUGACAAGGCAAACUAACUUCAGCGUCGGCGAGUACAUCUGGAAGAGCAUCAUCGCCAGCUUCCUCGGCAAUAUCAUCGGUGCUGCCUUGCUGGCGUUGCCUCUUGUCUAUCUGCACGGUGGUGAUGAGUUCGACCCCAGUGGAGGCGCUCGAGCUGGUGCGAUGAGCUCUGGUGUUUCCGUCAACGAUGUCACUCUGCCAGGAAGCGGGCAUGCGACCGCGAUGGAGCAAGACAAGUGGGCCAAGGAUAUUGAAUCGCAGGUCAAUCAGGCCAGCUGA